CUUAAAUUAGUGGCGGCGCGUACGGGCGCGCUCCCUCCUGUGGAUUUGAUUUCUUUGUGAGGGUAAGGGAGUGUAAGGGAAAGAGGUACGGGUAAACUAUAACGGAUACGCCAUGGCAGACGAAAAACCCAAGGAAGGUGUAAAGACAGAAAACAAUGAUCAUAUCAACCUGAAGGUGGCAGGUCAAGAUGGAUCUGUUGUCCAGUUUAAGAUCAAGAGGCAUACGCCACUCAGUAAGCUUAUGAAAGCAUACUGUGAACGACAGGGGUUGUCGAUGAGACAGAUAAGGUUUCGCUUUGAUGGGCAGCCUAUUAAUGAGACAGAUACACCUGCACAGGUAUUUAUGAAACUGACCAGAAUGUAUUUUAUGAUUUGA